GAUCAACUGGUUGGCGCCAAACUUGGAUUGGAAGAUCAUAUGGGCUGUGGCCUGGCGGGUCUUUGUUUGUUUCGUUCAACUUUGUCUACAAAUAUUCUUACAAAGGCCUAAAGCCGGUUACGAGGAAGUUCAUACUAUAAAACUUAUAUCAAAAACUGUUUCCUCGGAUUCAGAAAAAAAGAUGUCGAAUAAUCCGAAAUUAAAAGUAAAAAUCUUCAACUCAUUCCAAGUCCAGGGACUGACCCUCCGUCGCGAGUCCAGUCAAUAUCUGGAGCAAAUAUUAGGUCGACUCGAGCCGGACCAACAGGUUGAUUGGAUCAACCAAAUUAUUACGUGGCUUCAGGGGCAGUGCCUCGAGUCGGCGCUGAUUUCCAAGGAUCAAAUUGUAGCAUGUAUUAAGCAGUGUUCGUCGAUUUCAGAACAACAGCAACAGGUGUUUCACAUAAUCAGCGCAUUCGAUGUACCUGCUUUCAGUUACAACAACGAUCGAAAGAAAUUCAUGCGAAUCGAGGGCAAACGUCAACUCUUCCCAGUGGCAGACGCUAAGGCUGAACUCUAUUGCGAACGAUACAAGAUUGUACAACAAAGGACUCUACGCCAUAAACUGUUCGCGGCUCCAACAGCUGCUUCAAUGCUUUCGUCAUCUAAACGUGACCACUAUAAAUUGUGUUCGUGUGAGAGUCUCAUCGGAAUGACAAACAAGGCUAAUCGGUUUGUUGUGGUGCUCGGCAUGCUGACGCAGUUAAAAGAAGGAAAGCUCUUCCUGGAGGACCCAACAGGCAGUGUACAGCUGGAUCUUUCCAAGGCCAGCUUUUCACAAGCGCUUAUUACAGAAGGAAGCAUAGUUCUUGCGGAGGGUACAUAUGACGAUAAGAUGUUCAACGUUCAAGCCAUCGGAUUUGCACCAGCUGAACCAGCAAAGACUAGCCGGGAAUAUUUUGGCUCUGUUAAUUACUUUGCUGGUGACGCAGUCAAAUGUAUGAAAACCGAUUCGUCAUUAAAGGAAUCCCAGCAUCAGCUCGAAGACUAUAUGUUGGUAAUUCUCUCCGAUGUUUGGCUGGAUGACGUUAAGACAAUGGAACGUCUAAAGAUUCUUUUUACUGGAUACAACCAGUGUUCUCCUUCGGCGUUCAUCCUUAUGGGAAAUUUCCUCAGGAAUUCACUCGGUUUUCAGGAUGUGGGCACACUGAAGGAAUGCUUUAAACAGCUGGCUGAUUUGAUUACUCAAUUUCCUGAUCUUAUGUCACGUUCGCGUUUCAUUUUUGUCCCUGGAAAUCGGGACCCGUUGACUACCAAGGUGAUUCCACGACCGCCACUGCCAAAAGUAGUAACUGAAUACUUUUCAAUGAAAAUUCCUCAGUCGACGUUUACUAGCAAUCCUGCUCGAAUACAGUUAUACACUCAAGAGAUCAUACUAUUCCGAGAAGAUUUGAUCUCGAAGAUGUGUCGUAACAGCGUGCACGUACCCUGGGAGCCCGACGGCGAGGUGCAGCUGUCGCAACUAUACGUAAAGAACCUUGUCGGUAAUGCUCACCUUUGUGCCUUACCAACACACAUAGCUCCGGUUUUGUGGCAGUGGGAUCAUGCCCUAUGGCUGUAUCCGACUCCGGAUCUAGUUGUCUGCGCCGAUAAGCAUGAACCAUUUACUAUUAGUCAAAACGAGUGCUUAUUCACUAAUCCCGGUCAAUUUACUAAAGGUGAUUUUUGCUUCAAGGUAUACUUGCCUGGUCAAAAAAAAGUUGAAGACAGCCAGAUUUGUGAGCCCGAAUAACUCACAUUGGUCAACGACAACAUUUAAGCAUCAUGUUAAUGUAUUUAUGAUUUAUGUAUAUAAAGUUUAGUUCGACAAAAGACAACUUACAGUUGUACAAAAAACAUUACAAUUACCUAUGAAAAUAAAUAUGACGCAUUUUAACAGAUGGUUUUAGUUAUGGAUAUAAUGGAUGCUUUAUUAGUAUUUUAUUUUUCCCGGUGAGCUCAAGUAUCCUGCAACGUAAGGACAAUAUUUGACUUCCAACUACCUGUUGAGAGUUAUUCAGCUUAUAUACUGCGUUUGGGAGAUAACCUGUGGUGUUCCAGAUUUGCUCCGAUUAAAAACCGAUUUCCAAAGAAAAUGGGGAAAAAGCAACUUUGUUGUGAUGAAAAUUUCCAGGCUAGUCGCAGGUUUGUGACUAAUUUGCGAAGCAACGUAUGACCUUGAAAAUGUCGAAUCCAUUAGUUGGAAUCGAGUGCACAAAAUACCAAGGGCAAUUCAUCACAAGUUAGUUAGAUCAAUCGUUUUUAUUAAUUAAAUAAAGUUCAGUACAAGUCGACAUUUGCGUUCUUCUCUUGUUAUAUAUAUAUAUAUAUAUAUAUAUAUAUAUAUAUAUAUAUAUAUAUAUAUAUUACGGAUAAAUAGAGCUCUAUAACCACUUUUUCCAUAGCUGUUGGUUCUUUUUGUUGCUGUAUUGCACAAUAUUACGUUGCUGUCUUUUAACUUGUGCCUGACAUUGGGUUAGCCCCUUCAUUCAGGAUGUCCUUGCUUUUUUGUUUUCAAGUUGUCUUGUGUUGUCCUAUACAAACCUACGGCAUCUAUGCCAGUCAUCAACACUACGUUGGCUGUCAGAUUGAGCCCAACAGGUUCAGUUAUACUGGUCAUUCGUUCAGGCGCUGACACAUUUUUCCUUAGCCAUCAAUUUCCUCCAUAAACGUUUUAGUUGUUCUUUAGCUCCACCUCCUACAAUGUACAUAUACCUAGAGCAUCAUCUCAGGGCCUUUAAUAUCCACUGUACGCUUCAGAUUAUAUAUACUCUAUUUCAAAUCGAAUUUCAGCUUCUCACUAAUGUUCGCCAGCAGACGUCCUCUAACAAGGAGGCUCGCUGGCAAUUCCUCCUACACAGCAGUUUCUUUAUUGAAAUGUAUUGCAAAACCCGAACAACCGCCUGUCGAUCUGAUACUUAGAGAAGCUUCGACGAGCGUGCUAGUAACUAAUAAGCGUGCACCUAAUUUGUCUCCCUCAUUUAGUCCUUCAUCACAUUCAUAAACACUUGAAUGCAUAUGUAUUUUUAUCGACACGUACAUAUACAGCUUGCGUGUUUGAUCUUUACAAAAUCUUCUGCUUCUCUCACCGGGCAUAGAUUUGACCCUGUCCUUCUCUUCUGGAUAUUAUUCAUCAUCGUAUGUUAUUAUUGUAUGCUCACUUUUUAUUGUCAAAUGACCUCGUAGUUUAUUGUUCACAUGGACACAAUCAAAAUAGCCCGUCUAUUGUCUGUUACCCAAUAAUAAUGUCUUGCGAUAAUCACCACCAUAGCAAUAGUAAAAAUCUCCACUUAUAACAAUAU